AAACACACAUUAAUUAAUUAAUUAUUAUUAUUUGGAAAAAGGCUAACUAAAAUUGACCCACGUUUUAUGGUCUUUUCCCCUCUUACAAGAAGAUAGCCAUUACAUGGGUAAGUGGAUUAGGAUUACACAAUAGCCUGCAAGUUUCAGUUCAUAAAAGGAGAAAGACAGGCAGACAGAAAGAAGGAAAAACAGAACAAUGGAAGAAAUUUGGAAGCUUAGCCAUUUGUUGGUGACAGUAUUUCUAUACACUUUUGCAACCAUGAUGAUCACUCCGGCCAUUACAGAUGUCACCAUGUCCGCUCUGUGUCCCGGUCAAGACGAGUGUUCUCUCGCCAUUUACUUCACCGGCUUUCAACAAGUCGUGACAGGACUUGGGGCAUUGCUAAUGAUGCCAUUGCUAGGAAACUUGUCCGACAAGUUUGGGAGGAAGACUUUGCUCACCAUUCCCAUGGUUCUUACCGUAAUUCCCCUCGGAAUAUUAGGGUAUGGAAGGUCGAGGGAUUUGUUCUACAUUUAUUUUGUGUUGAAGUGUGUGACGAGUACGAUUUGUGAAGGGAGCGUUCAGUGCUUGGCCAUUGUUUAUGCGGCCGACAAUGUACCGGAACACCGGCGAGCUUCUGCAUUCGGACUGCUAUCUGCCAUUGGAUCCUCUGCUUUCGUCUGCGGGACUUUCUGUGCUCGUUUUCUCUCCAUUCCAUCCACUUUUCAGGUAGCGGCUUCCACGGCAGCUGUGGCGGCAGUUUACAUGAGGAUUUUCCUUACCGAUUCUGUCGCCGAUUGCAAUCUUUCUGCUUUCUUACUGUCUGGGGAGAAUGUAGAGUCUGUUUCGUCGGAUCUAAUUUCGCCUAAGAAAGAACAGAUUAUUACGGCUUUGCCUUCAGUGAAGGACCUUUUUGCACUGUUGAAGACUAGCUUGACAUUUUCACUAGCGGCCAUUGUUGCAUUUUUUGGCAAUCUUGCUGAUGUUGGCCUUUAUGCUUCUAUACUGUACUAUUUGAAAGCCAGAUUUCACUUUAACAAGGAUUCGUUUGCUGAUUUGAUGGUGAUUUCUGGGGCUGCUUCGACUAUUUCACAGCUGCUUUUAAUGCCCAUCUUGGUUCCUGCUCUAGGAGAGGACAGGGUUCUCUCAGUUGGGCUUUUUUUCAACUGCAUUCAUAUGCUUCUUUACAGUUUUGCUUGGGCUGACUGGGUUGCCUAUGUUGCUGCAAUGUUUUCCAUAUUCUUUAUUUUCUGGCGGCCUUGCCUACAAAGCAUAGUAUCAAAGCAAGUUGGUGCCAGUGAGCAGGGUAAGGCUCAAGGAUGCAUUACAGGCAUAUCCUCAUUUGCCAAUGUUGUUUCUCCAUUGGUAUUCUCCCCUUUAACAGCUUUGUUUCUCUCGGAAAACGCCCCAUUUUAUUUCCCUGGAUUUAGCAUCAUGUGCGCCGGAUCUGCUGCUCUUCAAUAUUUUGUCGUUUUCUGGUGUUGGAAUGAUCGUUAUUGGUCUGUGCAUUAACAAUGAUUGCCCAGACUUCAGUGUGUCCCCCUUGGAAUGAAGAGGUUCUUUAUGAAUGACAGAGGAAAGUUGUUCCUGGCUUCAGUUUUUCUUGAACUCUUUUUGCCAUCUUUAGGUAAAAGAACUACUUUGGGGCUCAUCCAAGUAAUUUCAUAGGUGUUGUCUCUUCCUCUGUGCACGGUUUAUAGAUCAUGUUGCCAAGGUUGCCCUAGCAAAAUAUGACAAACAUUCAUAUCAAGUAAAUCACAAAGUUCCUUGUAGUGAUUUCCAAUUGAAAGAGGAAUAGUGCAAGUAAAACUUAUCUGGGCCUCCUUUCUUUAUCCAGCCAAUUUUUUAUGGUUGAGGAUGCAGAUCAGUCUUUUAACCAGCUUAAGAGAUUCAAUAUUCUCAAUACUUCCAUUAUCUAUGAUGACAUUGCAAACCUUACUAUUGACCGUGCAUCUUGUUCAGAAUAAAGCAUGUCUACACAAAAACUCUUUGGAGGACACAUGACAGUUGGUCUCUCCUUCAUCCCAUUCUACAAAUGUUGCAUCUUCUUCUGAAAAGCCCUCAUUCUCACCUAGAUCUAGCUCUCCUUUGAAGACCAUUCAUUUGGCAAAUGUCCUUGUUGACCACAGCGGAAACACUUUCCUAAGUUUGACCUUUGAUAAGUAUUAUUUCCUCCCUUUUUGCUCGGAACUUCUGGAAUCCUGACUCCCUGAUUUGCUUUGGGUUGAGGAUCAUCUCUUGUUUUGCUUGUAGACGUGCUUCCGGUUCGGAAUUGUUUCAAAAUGUUUUAUUGGUUUUUUUUGGAUAAGCGGAAUGUUUUAUUGAUAAAAGGUUUCGGCUUCAGAAUGUUUUAUUCAUAAAGUAUACUGAACCUAAACUUAGAAACAAACUAAAUAAAACUAAAUAAAACGAAAUUACCACAUGGUAACUUGCAACCAACCUAAACUACGGCCAGGAGAAUUGAAAAAACCUUUAACAACUUGUGUCAAACUUGAAGAAAAUGACAAAAUAUUGAAGCUAAAAAUAAACUACAUCACCCAGGCAAAGAGUGUCAACCCAUUAUUACUUUGUGUUACUCAAGAAAUCAGGAUAUAGUAAUGGUAGUAUUAAUGAUGCUGAGUGAGAUGUAACUAAACUAUAAGGGGCUGUUUUCGACAUUGAGUUGACAUUGAGUUGAGAUAUGAUGUCUGAAGUUGAGAUAUAAUUUUUAAAACUUUUCUUUCUCUAUUUCUUUCUUUUUUGGCAAUGAACAACAAUUAACCUAUUACAUUUCUUGUAGAAAUAUGGUUAAAUAAAAUAAGAAAUUAAAACGAAAUCAAAACUUUUGAUUCCAGCUAACUUUUCUCCAUGAAUUUCAUUAUCAUCCUUCUUUUUCUUCCUACUAUUGUUGCUCUAUAUUUUACUAUGUCAUGAUUUCUUUUUAAUUAAAUCUCCCUAUUAUCGUAGCAGUUAAUGGAAUGUCACCAUAUUUCUUUAACAGUUUCACUUUCAUUUCCUCUAAAUUUGGAGGAUCAUCAGAUAACAAAUCUUUAUUUUUUACUAAUUCUUGUUGGAAAAAUUUAUAGGAAAAAAAAAUCAUUUUAUGGUUUUUUUUUUUUUUUUUUUGUUAUAUGUUA